AUGUCUGAAGAAACAGUUCGACCUGCCUUCGAAAGCCGUGAGCGCCCAAUCCUUUCCUAUGGCAUUGCCUUCCCCGCAGCCACGGCCUCCCAUGUCACGCACACCUUCAAGGCCUCCCGUGUAUAUGUCAUCUGCUCUGGAUCACUGGCCCGAAAAAUAGAUGUUAUAAGCCAAUUGGAGGAUGCUUUAGGACCAGAGAAGCUGGUGGGACAUUGGAUUGGCAUGCGAAGCCAUACCUUGUGGUCGGAGGUACUGCAAAUUACCGAAGAGGUUCGGACUGUGCAUGCCGAUCUGCUCUUGACUGUUGGAGCUGGGAGUUUGACUGAUGGUGCCAAGAUCAUUGCAUUGGCCCUAGCAAACCAGGUCAGCACACCAGAAGAGCUUGAAACCCUUGCACAAGGUCCCAAAAAGCGAUCAGACAUCAAAGCACCAACUCUCCCGAUCAUCUCUGUGCCAACAUCCCUCUCCGCGGGCGAGUAUUCCAACUUUGCAGGUGGCACCGAGGACCAUUCAAAGCGCAAAUACAGCUUCCAAUCACCGACCCGUGGACCCGAGCUUGUGAUUCUAGAUUCAGAGCUGGUCAAGACCACUCCUGAUUCAGUCUGGCUCAGUUCUGGUGUACGCGCAAUUGACCACUGUGUUGAAACUCUCUGUGCUGUAGUCGGUACAACAACAAAAUCAGACGAGUUGGCCCGUCGUGCGCUGAGUUUGCUGGUCCCUGGUCUCUUGCGCUGCAAGAAGGACCGCAGAGAUAGCGAUGCACAUCUGCAAUGUCAACUUGGAUCAGUAGAUGCCAUGGCAGCCUUUACGAGUGGAUCAAGUGAGUUAGGCGCUAGUCAUGGGAUUGGACACCAGCUGGGUCCGUUGGGUGUUGGCCACGGUGAGACUAGUUGCAUCUUGCUUCCUGCUGUCUGUAAGUUCAAUGCGAAAUAUGAUGCCAACCGUGAGAAACAAGCCAGCUUGCGCCAAUUCCUGAUUCAAGACCCGGUUGUCUCAAGAGUGCUACGUAAACGCUUGGUUAACUUGGAAACAUCCGACUUGGGCGACGUUUUGGAUGCCAUUGUUCGCGAAUUGGGAAUGCCUCGUACUCUGAGCCAGGUCCAUGUAGGCCGAGACCAGUUGGAUGCUCUAGCAGAAAAUAGCCUACACGACCGAUGCUGCAAGUCGAACCCGGUGCCACUGGAGGAAAAGUCUCAGGUACUGGAGAUUCUGGAGAUGGUGGUUUAA